AUGGCACGAGCUGCCGUCGCAAUGCGAUUCGCACUCAAGGACCGCUUAGCAAAUGCCAUCGGCAGCACUGGACCGAACGAGCUGGAACAGCGCCGGCAUUGUGCAUGUAGCACCAGUACUGUCUUGGGCUACUGCAACAUGCAAUGGAUUGCAGGGGCUCGACCAGCGAUGCUCGUGUGUUUCCGCCGGGCGCCGGGCAGCAACCAGCAGGCAGGAAGCGCUGCCCCUGUUCCAUCGGGGGCGAAGUUCUUUCAACGGGCCAGCCAGCUCCAGUUUCCAGGCUUUGCAGCCGGUGCAUCGAUCGAGUCGAGAAAAUCUCAGCCCGAUCGCAGCGGGCGCUUGCAGCGUCCGGACUCGAGGGUAGACACGCGUUCUCCAGACGUGCGUGUCUUUGGCGGCUCGAGAAAAAGCUGGAUCCUCGAACGGUGCCGAAGCCAAAGUCUCAGCAGCGAUCAAACGACUGCCAGGCCAGGCCUUCCUGCACUGCUUGGGGGCGUUUAA